AGUUACUGUUUAUGUUUAUUGCCCCGGCGAUGGCGUAUUAUUCCAAUUUCUCUCGUCGUCUGGUCGGAACGGCCCCUGUCUCCUUCUUGAAAUCCGUCGUUAAAUCAGGAAGCCAUUCUCCGCUUCGGAAUGCCUCAACAACAAUGCCGUCUCAACGUUCAUUCCCUUCGUUUAGCAGAACUUCAGUGUACAAGUUAGGAUGUGUGCAGUCGCUUAUGCCUCUACACAGUGUUGUGGCCACUGCAAGAAUGAUAUCUUAUGUUAGUGCAGAUUCAAGGAAUUGUGGGACCUUUUCAAUUGGUGCCCUCUACUGCAACACUCAUGGACCCUAAGUCUCUGUUUGUUUGAUUAGUGAGUGAUUCUUUCCUUCUUUCCCUUUAUUUCUGUUGGGGAAAAGAAGAAUUAGAACACAAAUUAAACUAAAAAUUCAAUCUCUUUGUUUAUGGGUUUUAAGAUCUGUAGAGCACUUCUACAGUGUUCUGAGCUUUGACAUUAAAUGAAGGGAAAAAGAGUAGAAACCCAUGUUGCUUAUUGGGAUAUAAGUUGAGAAAUGCUUCAAUU